CGAAGCUUCGUAUUCAGCGUUGAUGCAUGUGUGUGUCCUUGCCAGGCGAUCCACUCGCUGGCCUGGCACCACGAAGGGAAGCAGUUCAUCUGCAGCCACUCGGACGGCACGCUCACCAUAUGGAACAUCAAGUCACCCGGCAAACCCGCACAGACAAUCACCCCUCACGGAAAACAGCCCAAGGAUGGCAAGAAGCCGGAACCAUGCAAACCCAUUCUAAAGGUGGAAUACAAGACGACCAGAGCCGGGGACCCCUACAUGAUCCUUUCUGGGGGCCUGUCCUACGACACGGUGGGCAGGCGGCCGUGUCUCACGGUGAUGCACGGCAAGAGUACGGCGGUGCUGGAGAUGGACCACCCCAUCGUGGACUUCCUGACGCUGUGCGAGACACCCUAUCCCAACGAUUUCCAGGAACCGUAUGCAGUAGUGGUCCUUCUAGAAAAGGACUUGGUAGUGAUCGAUCUCGCCCAGAAUGGUUACCCAAUUUUCGAGAACCCAUACCCGCUAGCCAUCCACGAGUCCCCGGUGACCUGUUGUGAGUACUUCGCUGACUGCCCCGUGGACAUCAUCCCUGCACUUUACUCAGUUGGUGCCCGUCAGAAGCGACAAGGCUAUAGUAAAAAGGAAUGGCCUAUAAGUGGUGGAAACUGGGGCCUGGGAACACAAAGCUACCCAGAGAUAAUUAUAACCGGACAUGCUGAUGGGUCAGUGAAGUUCUGGGAUGCUUCUGCAAUAAUGCUUCAGGUGCUGUACAAGCUGAAGACCGCCAAAGUGUUCGAGAAGUCGCGCAACAAGGAAGACAAGCCCAGCACAGACAUUGUGGACGAGGACCCCUUCGCCAUCCAGAUCCUGUCCUGGUGCGCCGAGAGCCGGAUGCUGUGUGUGGCAGGCGUCUCCGCGCACGUCAUCGUCUACCGCUUCAGCAAACAGGAAGUGACAACGGAGGUGGUGCAGCUCCUGGAGGUCCGGCUGCAGUACGAGCUCAACGACGCAGAGUCCCCAGAAGUGGGGCUGGAACAGCUUCCGGCAGGCGGAACUUCGAGCCCCCAGACGAGCGUGUCCCAUUCUCACCCCUCCACCAGCAGCAGCUCCUCAGACGGGAUCCGGGAUAAUGUGCCCUGCCUCAAGGUCCGUAGCACCCCGCUGAAGCAGUCGCCGGGGUACCAGGUGGAGCUGGUGGUGCAGCUGGUGUGGGUCAGCGGGGAGCCACCGCAGCAGAUCACCAGCCUGGCCGUGAACUCCUCCUAUGGCCUCGUCGUAUUCGGCAACAGCAAUGGCCUGGCCGUCGUGGACUACCUACAGAAGACUGUCCUGCUCAACCUGGGGACGGUCGAGCUGUACGGCUCCAAUGACCCCUACCAGAGACAGCCGCGCUCCCCCCGCAAAUCGAGACAACCCUCCGGAGGCCUCGGUGACAUCAGCGAGGGAUCCACCACUUCAGAGGACCGCUGCAAAUCUCCCACUUCAGUGCUGACGUCAAACCAUCAGCAGCUGUACAAUGGCGGAGGUAGAGGAGCUAAGAUGUCACGGAAAUUAAGCUUGCCUACUGAGCUAAAGCCAGAUUUGGACGGCCGGGACAGCUCCUUCAGCCGCUCGCGCAGCUCCAGUGUGACCAGCAUCGACAAGGAGGCGCGGGAGGCCAUCACGUCGCUGCACUUCGCCGAGACGUUUGCCCGCAAGGGUGAGGCCGUCGCCACGCCCAGCCUGUGGGUGGGCACCUCCCUGGGCACCGUGCUGGGCGUGGCGCUCAGCCUGCCCCCUCCAGGCGAGCAGAGGCUACUACAGCCAGUCAUCGUGUCACCGAGCGGCACGCUGAUCAGACUGAAAGGAAGCAUCCUACGGAUGGCCUUUCUGGACGGCACCGGGACCAUCAUUCCCCCAGCCCACGAGCCCUGGUACGAGCCCAACGCCUUCGAUGACCGGGACGAGCGGGAGAAGGCGCGGAAGCGGAGGCCGGUGUCGGUGUCGCCGUCGGCGUCGCAGGAGCUGAGCGAGACCCACUACGCCGUGGUGUGCUCGGAGAAGCAGGCCAAGGUGCUGGCCCUGCCCUCGCAGGCCUCCGUCAAGCACAACAUCACCGAGACGUCCUUCGUGCUGCGCAGCGACGUGGUGCAGAUGGGCACUGGUGUAUGCGUCGCCUGCUUCUGCGCCAAUGGCCACAUCAUGGCCCUUAGUCUACCCGGCCUAAGACCACUGCUGGACGUGAACUACCUGCCGCUGACCGAUAUGAGAAUCGCCAGGACGUUCUGCUUCAGCAACAACGGACAGGCCAUGUAUCUGAUCUCCCCCACCGAGAUCCAGAGGAUCACCUACAGCCAGGACACCUGCGAGAACCUACAGGAGAUGCUUGGAGAGCUUUUCACUCCUGUGGAAACCCCUGAGGCUCCCAACAGAGGCUUCUUCAAGGGUCUCUUUGGGGGCGGCGCACAGUCCCUGGACCGGGAGGAGCUGUUCGGGGAAUCUGUGGCAGGCAAAGCCUCGCGGAGCCUGGCUCAGCACAUCCCUGGACCUGGCGGCAUCGAGGGCAUGAAGGGGGCAGCGUCGGGUGUGGUAGGCGAUCUGGCACGUGCCCGCAUUGCGCUGGAUGAGAGGGGACAGAAGCUUGGAGAACUGGAGGAGAGGACGGCGGCCAUGAUGGCGAGCGCGGAGUCCUUCUCCAAACAUGCCCACGAUAUGAUGCUGAAGUGCAAAGACAAGAAGUGGUACCAGUUCUGAUCAGUGCGGGGGGAGCUGAGGGACUUCGUGCUCUUGUACACGGCGCCACCUGGAGGCCAGCGGCCCCCCCACCUCCCUCCCUCAGUUCUGCUGGACAGCAGGGACAGGCCCCAGAGGAGCGCUCGAGCACAAUAACGGUCCUCCACCGCCUCGGCUUUGGGUGGAAAAUGAAUCGAAAGGGGGAAAAAAAAUCACCUUGAUGGUGUCGUCUUCUUCUGUUCGUGCUGUUUCCUUUCUUUUUGUUUCCCCCAACAACAACCAAUAUGGCUGAGAGUAAAAGUGGUCCCCUGGCCAAGAGGAAGGGGGCCAGCAGACUCCUCAGGGAGCCCGUCCCAUGCUGGGGGGGGGUCUCCCUUCUCCCAUUUUCUAAAGCCAAAUGUCUCCGCUCCCACUUUUAUCCUCAAUGGGGCCAACAAGGUCAAAGAGUAACUAAGACAAAACUUAAAAACCUGAAAAAUACAAGAGAAAAAAAAUAUAUAUAUAAUUCUAAAUAUUACUCAACUCUAUAUUCACAUAUGACUGUCGUAUGCAAAACAGAGGAUAAACCACCAGUGAAGAGCAGGGUACUCUGCCCCUUGGAAUCCUGGAAUACCAUGUCCCGGACUCCCACAGGAAACAGUGACCUCCAGCAGUGGAUGCCCAAAGGGUGCAAACAGGCUCCUUGUUCAGUCCUGCCCCACUAUAACAUAGAAAUCCAUUUGUUUUUCAUUCCGUUUGUCAUUCGUUUCCUUUCGCUCUUAGUCUCUUCUGACUUUCUAUCGGUCAGGUGUACGCCUUGUGGCCCCCGUGUCUAGCUUUGUCGUCCGUGAAUCACUUCUGGGUUGUUUUCUUUGUCGUAUUGAGAGUAUUUCGUGGCAAAUGAACUGUAUGUUAAUUGUCCAUAUAAAAGAGCUGGUAUUCAAAGGUAACGCAGAGCCCAUCAUGUCUCUUAGUUAAAAUUCCUGAUUUUUUAAUGUCUGAAAACUACUGCAUGGCGUGGAUAGUUCAGGAGCAGAAAGUAACAAUCCAGGCCAAGAUUUUGUUUCAACCAACCAGCUGAGUAACGAACAGUGAUAGAGUAUUUAACUGGUUGGUUGGAACAAAAUCUUGGCCUGGAUUUUUACUUUCUGGACCUGGACUAUCUACCUUUGGCACGGACUCACUGGCGGCAGGAGGCUUAGAACAGAGAUGGAAUCUGAAGUGACCAUGAUAACUGUUUCCUCCAUCUUUUUGUUCUGAUGCCGUCGUCCGGGUGCCGCAGGCUCGCUCUGCGUUGUUUCCACUCACGCUGCAGCUGACAACCGCAUCGCAAUUUGCGUCCGUGUACGUAGUUUUCAUUUUUUCCUCUGGGGCGAAACAGAGGUACUUGUAUCAAAAACAAUAUUCAGAGCUACUGACUUACUCUCAGUUUGUUCCUCUUCCUCUUCAGUUAAGGAGCAUGUUGAGCGUAAUGCGCUUAGUGGCGUUCGUUAGGGAAAUGGCAAAAUGACUGGAUGAAUCGUGGCAAAUUUCUGUUCAUUCGUGACCAUAAGCUGAGAAGCCGGUUUUCUGCAGGACGAGAGGCCCUGUGGUGGGUCUCCUGCACGGUGCCAAAGGCAGGUCGUCUGGGAAGGAUAUUGUGUGUGUCUGUCUGUGUGUUUCCGUGUGUGUGUGUGUGUGUGUGUUAGCUUCAAAAACGCUUUGACAGGGGUCUGCCUGGGGAUAGGCUGUGGACUUUCUAGAAAUAUAUAUAUAAACACACAUAUAUAUGUGUGUGUGUGUAUAUAUGUAUUGAGCUGCCCAUGUAGUCACCCCUUUGUUUUGUCUAUGAAUUGUGCUUUUUAAGCUGAAGCAGUGAGGACGUGGGUGAUAGAAUCCAGUCCAAAUUUUCUGCUCACUAAGAUGAAAUAUGUGUGUUUUAAUUGUGCUUCACCCAUUUAUUUUAUUCAUCAUCCACUGCUUCGAGAGCUAUUGUUCCUCUCCCUUGACCACACAGGCCGUCCUGUAGGCAGAAAGCCCUUGACGGCCGCUGGCCGCAGUUGUCCCGCACAAUGAAAUGCGUCACCGCGCUCUAUCUGAUCCUAUUGGUUGGCAUUCCAGGAAUUAUCAACCGGAGAGUCUCUCCUGGGGCGGACGUCAUGCGUUAUUACUAAUCUCGAUUGAUGAGUGUAUCCGUCUGCGAAACGUGUGAGUAACUUCAUAAUGGUGUGCUAGUUACAGGAACACAUUAAUAUAUGUUUUACUGUAUGUGGAGAUGUAUAAUUCCUUAUUGGUAUUCUCAGUGUGAAUCUUUCCGGUUUUUUUAUAGAGUGCAAAAAGCUGCUAUUUAUGUCACGUAGGAGAACAUCUAGCCGGAAGUUUUUCCUCCUUUACCGAUUGAGGGAUAAAGCUUUUUUUUUCCUGCCAAGUUUUUACAUCCUGAUGUAAAUAAUGAGACAGCUGGAGGCAAAUCUGAAAGUGCAGAUUUCGCAAAGUAAUGAGAAAAGGUUAGUCGCCAUAUUCGUGUCAGACGCCAAAGAUUUCGUUUUUGUUAUUUUCUGUUUAUCCCCAAAGUCUUCAGCGCCCCCCCAUCACAGAACCGGCGCGGCCCCGUGCAGCACCAAGUCCGCAUAACGCCCUAUCCUGCCGGCGACAGCUGCGCUUACCCUGCUGCAUAAACGGCUGUGUGAUUUGCAUUAUGCAGUAACUUGUAGUGUUACCCCCGCAUAAUUUAUGUCUAAAUGCGUGCUUAUGGGAGGGAAGGUGGCCAGUGCUGAUAUCUGAAUCCUGUAUUUUUGUAUUGUUUCCGCUCUUAUUGCACAGGCGUUUGAUUUUGUCGCCGCUCUCUCCUUAGAGCACAUAAGGACCAACGCAUUUAAAACGGAUAGAUUCUGCAUAAAUAAUAUAUAUUAUAGUGAGGAGGAAUGGCCACACUUUCAGAUUUGUUUCCAAGUUCCGUUUAUUGAUAAUCUGUUAUAUUUGUACUAUACUUUUAAUUUGGAUAAAUUUGAUAAAUCAAUAAUUUAAUUUAUAAUUUAAGAAAAAAGAUAUUACAUUUACAGAUAUUUAUCAUUACCUGUGUGCAUAAAGGUGUGUAUAUUGUCUAUAUUUAAAAAUGAAAGAAUAAUUCAUGUUUCUAAUGAGAAAAUGUACGGUAUUUGUAUGUCGGAGCGGCUGGUGUCGGCUGGACGGCGAGUCUGUGAACGCGGAUUCUGUCUUGCCCACAUCUGGGUUGCGGUGUAGUAGUAUUGGCACCGACAUAUGUCGACGGCCGGCAGGCACAGACCCGGUUAUUUCUUGCACAAUAGCGGACGCAUGAUAUUCAGUGUUUACUAAUAAAAUGCCGUUUGAGCCCGUCAUCAUUUUCCGAGCUCGCUUCCCUCGCCAUAUACACCUUCACCGGUAAUUUCAACGCCUUCUAUCAUGUUUAGCCCUUUUGUUUUCUGUUGUAUGCUGUGUGCGCAUUGUCGUGAGGAUGUUGGUGACUAGUUACUACUGUACCUUCCCAGAAAACGUGAGGAAAAUAUUACACGGAUGACUGAGGUGCCCUAUAGCUCCCUUCUCGUUUCUCUUUUUUGUAACCCUAGCAUCCAGUAUUCUCCUGAUAAGAAUCCACUUUAACAUACUUGGGAAAGUUUGUGUCCUAUUCGCCAUAUUCUGUCUUGGAAAAAUACGUUACCAGUGGGUUGCAGUAUUUUCUCAUUGUAGCCAAUUUUUCUUGUACAGUUUUAUGCAAAUUUCACAUGGAUGUUUAUGACUAUGAAUCUGCUGCCACAAACAAUUUAGAAAUUCUGUAGAUAGAAAUUACUGUGCAAUGGGAAAUAAAUAUGAAAUAUGAAA